AUGCUGUGCAGGACAUGCACGGUACACUGCUGUGCUGUAUGCGUGCCAAAUUCUGCACAAGAUGCUCUACAGGAUGCUCUACAGGAUGCUCUACAGGAUGCUCUACAGGAUGCUCUACAGGAUGCUCUACAAGAUGCUCUACAGGAUGAUCUACAAGAUGCUCUACAAGAUGCUCUACAAGAUGCUCUACAAGAUGCUCUAGAAGAUGCGCUACAGGAUGCUCUACAAGAUGCCCCACAAGAUGCCCUACAAGAUGCUCUACAAGAUGCCCUACAAGAUGCUCUACAAGAUGCUCUACAAGAUGCCCCACAAGAUGCCCUACAAAAUGCUCGACAAGAUGCUCUACAAACUGCCCUACAAGAUGCUCUCCAAAAUGCUCUACAAAAUGCUCACAAGUCUCCAAGAUGCUCACAAGAUGCCCACGAGAUGCUCCACAAGAUGCUCCAGCCAUCUACAGAUGCACUGUACUGUAUAGUAAUGGAAUCACAAGGAUUCGCGUCGCCAUGCUGUUGA